AUGCAGAGAACUUAUUUUCUCUUCGUUGGAGCCUUGGUACUGUUGCACUUUAGCGCAACUAGCUCAGCUAGCAUAAGUAUUGCCAAUAACCAUAACAACAGUGCUAGUGAUCUGAAUGCUCUUCUUGCCUUCAAAGCCGCCAUUUUUGAUCCCCAAAGGAUCAUCCCAACCAACUGGUCCACUUCUACCUCUGUUUGCAGCUGGAUUGGUAUCACUUGUAAUGCUCGUCAUCACAGAGUCGCAGCCAUUGACCUUUCUUACAUGGGAAUUGCGGGAACGAUACCUCCAGAACUGGGAAAUCUUUCUUUUCUCGUCAGGUUGAAUGUUAUGAAUAACAGCUUUCAUGGACAUCUUCCAACCGAGCUAUCUCGUCUGCGCCGAUUGAAGUACAUCAAUUUGGAAGGUAAUAACUUUGAGGGAGAACUUCCGUCAUGGUUGGGAGCUUUAACUGCACUCCGAUACUUAUCCUUCCGAGAUAACGGAUUUUCAGGUUCAUUAUCAGGCAGGCUCUCUAAUUUCACAAAGUUAGAGACCAUCAGGUUGGGUUACAACUUUUUUACUGGAAAUCUUUCAGAAGAAUUCAGCGCUCUACCGAAAUUGAAACUUUUGGAAAUUCAAUAUAACCAACUUGCAGGCCCUCUGCCACAGGCUCUGUUUAACCUCUCCUCAUUGCAAGUUUUUGGUUUUACGAGUAAUAGCUUAUCGGGUUACCUUCCAGCACAUAUCUGCGAUUAUCUCCCACAACUUCAAGGGCUUUACUUAUCACUUAAUAACUUUGAAGGUGAAAUUCCAUCAGGCAUCGGAGAAUGCUCAGGACUCCAAGUUUUAUCCUUGUCUUACAACAAAUUCCAAGGAUAUAUACCAAGAGAAAUUUGGAAUCUAACCACGCUUACAGGUUUAUAUUUGGGUGGGAACGACUUGACCGGUAUAAUACCUGUAGAGGUUGGUAAUCUUAGCAAGUUAGAACUACUAAACUUGAUGUCGAACAGGUUGAGAGGUCCCAUCCCGCUGAAACUUUUCAAUAGUACAACUGCACGAGUUAUUUCUCUUACGGAGAAUGAUUUAUCAGGCGAGCUUCCAUCAACUAUAGGUGCUUUCUUACCCAAUCUUGAGGAACUCUACCUUGGGGGAAAUGAAUUCACUGGAACUAUACUAACAUCCAUCUCAAAUGCUUCUAGGCUUAGAAUGCUAGACCUUAGCGGUAGCCAUUUUACUGGUGCAAUUCCUCAUUCUCUUGGAAACUUGAGAUUAUUGGAAUACUUGGGUAUAUGGCAAAAUAAUUUUUCUGAGGACUCGCUAUCCAAAGAGUUGAGCUUCAUCAUAUCCCUGUCAAACUGCAAACAUUUAACAUGGUUGUGGGUAGAUGAGAAUCCUCUGAAUGGCUUCCUCCCAAAGACUAUUGGAAAUCUUUCUAGCUCACUCGAAUCCCUUUAUGCCGCUCGUUGUGGAAUCAUAAGUGAAAUUCCAAGUUCGAUUGGUAAUUUGAGCAACUUGAUAGGGCUGGACUUUGCAAUCAAUAGUUUGACUGGAGUAAUUCCAACAACAAUCAAAUGGUUGUUGAAGCUUCAGAUGAUAGAUCUAACUGACAACCAGAUACAAGGAGCUAUUCCAAGUGAGCUUUGUUAUUUGUUGAACUUGGAAGGUUUUCAUCUGGCAAAAAAUAAGCUUUCUGGUGUGGUACCUUCUUGCAUAGGAAAUGUUACCAUGCUCAGGUAUGUUUAUCUUAAUAUCAACAAUUUAAGAUCUAUCAUGCCAGCAAACUUUUGGAACCUUAGAGAUAUUUUGGAGCUGGACAUGUCAGGAAAUUAUUUGACAGGCUCUUUGCCUGCUGAAAUUGGAAACUUGAAGUCAUUAGUCUAUUUGAACCUUUCAAAUAAUCAAUACUUGGGUGGGAUACCUAGCACUAUUGGAGCACUACAGGAUUUGCAAGAACUCUCCUUGGAACAUAACAAGCUACAAGAAUUGAUACCAGACUCCAUGAAGAAUAUGUUGCAGUUACGGCAUUUGGAUCUAUCUUUUAACAAUCUGGAAGGUGAAAUUCCCAACUCAUUACAGGUACUAUCAGAUCUCCAAUACCUUAAUGUGUCUUACAACAGAUUAAGAGGACCGAUUCCUCAUGGAGGGCCGUUCGCAAAUUUCACGAACCUAUCUUUUCUCUCAAAUGAAGCAUUGUGUGGCGCUCCUUGGCUCCAACCUUGUACAAGUACAUUUGAGCAUGAAUCAAGGUCAAAAAGGAUAGUCAUGAUUGUUCUGUUGGCAUCAGGUUCUGUCAUAUUAGCCUUGUUGAUUUCAAUUUUUUUGAUGCGGUUAAGUUUGAGAAAGAAAACUCUAGCUCCGACUCAGAACUUGCUUCCCAUGGCGACAUUUGAAAGGGCAUCCUUCCAUGAACUUAGACAAAUAACAAAUGGAUUCAGCGAGGGUAACUUACUUGGCUCGGGGAGCUUUGGUUCAGUUUACAAGGGAAUUCACGAAAAUGGGAUGGUUUGGGCCAUAAAGGUAUUCAAUUUGCAGCUAGAAGGUGCAUUUAAAAGCUUUGAUAGAGAAUGUGAAGCCUUAAGGUGCCUUCGUCAUCGAAAUUUAACUAGAGUAAUUAGUGCUUGCUCGAGCCCUGACUUUAAGGCUUUGGUGCUUGAAUAUAUGCCCAAUGGAUGCCUUGAGAAAUGGCUUCAUUCAAACCAUCAUUUCUUAAAUAUCAAGCAACGAUUGGAUAUUAUGAUAGAUGUGGCUUGUGGUUUGGAAUAUCUCCAUUAUGGUUAUUCAACUCCUAUAGUUCACUGUGAUUUGAAGCCUAGCAACAUUCUACUGGAUCAAGACAUGGUUGGGCAUGUUUGUGAUUUUGGAAUUGCAAAGUUGUUGGGAGAUGGAGAAUCUGUGGUACAAACAAAGACUCUUGCUACAUUUGGAUAUAUUGCCCCAGAAUAUGGAUUGGAAGGAUUGGUUUCAACAAGUAGUGAUGCUUACAGCUUUGGGAUUACAAUGAUGGAAACAUUUACGAAAAGAAAGCCGAAGGACAAGAUGUUUACGGAGGAGUUAAGCCUCAGGCGUUGGGUGCAAGAUUGCUUACCGGAUUCCAUAAUUCAGGUUAUAGAUGUAGAUUUACUUCAUCAUGAAGGUGGACUGGUACAAAGGAAGAUUGAAUGCAUAUCAUCUAUCUUGCAACUUGGUUUAAGUUGUACAACAUAUGCUCCUGAGGAGAGAAUAAACAUGAAAGAAAUUCUAAGAGCGCUCCAGAAGAUCAAACUUCAGUUUAUCACAGAUAUAGCACCUUGA